AUCCGGGUCGCCUCGUCGAGAAAGCCCAAGUUGUCAAUCACAAGCUGCAAGCCUCGCCCCAACCCUUGGCCCCCGCAGCUGGCUACUCUACCGAGGUUCCAUGUCAAUAGGUAGUCAACCACCUUCGACGAAGCCGGCCAUGCCUCAUCCAUUGCCACCGCCAUGAGUUCCGCCUCGUCGAGCAGCAAGGACGACCCUGUCCUACGCAAUGCCCUCCGCUACACUCUCAGCACCCGCGAGUACAAGCUCCUGCACGACCAUCUGAUCGCGCACGCCCCGCCCGCAGCGCGUCAACGAGCUCCGCCGCCGCGCCGUUAUGAAGCCAUCGUCAAAUCCAAAGACGAUUACAAUGCCGCCGCCGUCCGCGCAUCUCUACGCCUCGGGCUCGCGACAUACGGUGGGUUGAAGCUGUGGGAGCUUGUCUCGACGCGUCUGAUGCACAAGGCCCGGCAGCAGGUAGCAAAGUCCAAGACGCCCGUCUGGAAAUCGCCCAACGUUCGCUUGUCGUGCUCGCUGUCGUUCAUCCUGUUCUUCCACAGGGUCCUACACCGUUUCUUUAUCCGUCUCCGCGAGACCCUGCACACGGACGAGGCCAAGCCCUUCCGGGCACGCAACCCCGGCGUCACCAAAGCAUUGACGUCCAACCUCACGCCCGCCAUUGGUGCCAGUCUCUCUGGCUUCUUCCUCGGACUGUGUCCGGCGGACCAGCUUCGCGUCACCAUUGCCAUCUACAUCUUCACAAAGUCGCUGGAGUUUGCGUACAAUGGGCUGGAGGACAGAGGCUGGUUCAAGGACCGGCCGUGGUGGUUCGGGUCGUGGCUGUUGUAUCCUCUAGCCGCGGGCCAACUGCUGCACGCUUUUGUCUUCGACCGCGACUGCUUCCCCGCGUCGUACGGCCAGUUCAUCAUGAAAAACUCACCCGAAUACGUGCAUCCUAGGCCCGCCCGCUACGCCGGGAGAAUCCCAUGGCCAGACACGCCGACAUAUGUAGACAGCCUGGCUGAGAUUGCCCGUCUCCGCUGGCCCCCCUACGUCUCCCCGAUCAUGUUCCCUAACAAGCAAACGCUUCCCGCGCGCCUCCUCCCCAUCUCGCCCAUCACAUCCCCCGCGCACCCCGCCAUCACGCGCCUCUCGUGCGCGCUGCUCCACCCUAACGACCCUUCCUGCGCCCGCACCUACAUCACGUACUUUAUCCGCGCAUUCCCGCCCGUCGCACGCUUCUUCACCGUCAUCUUCGGCGUCCUCUCCCUCCCGCGUUACAAAGCCUUCGCCGCCGCGCCCUUUACGACGCUCAACUCGCUCGCAGCGCGCAUCCUGCGCAUGGCGCUGUUCGUGACGGGCGCCAUCGGCACCAGCUGGAGCAGCAUCUGCCUCUUCCAGCACUACCUGCCGCACAGCCUGCUGCCGACGCAACGGUUCUUCGUCAGCGGGGCGCUGGGCGGGCUGUGGGCGGUGCUGGAGCGCAAGGACGGGCGCGGCACGUUCCUCUACUCGCUGCGCCUGUCGCUGGCCAGUUUCUGGAAGGUCGGCAUCAAGCGCGGGUGGUGGCGCGGCGUGCGCGGCGGCGACGUGUGGCUGUUUGUCGCGAGCUUGGCGCUGCUGAACGCCGUGUACGAGGUGGAUCCGAAGGCGGUGAGCGGGGGCGCGCUGAGGAAGAGCUUGGGCAUGCUGAGGGGGGAGGGGUGGGUGGAUCGCGCGGCCGUGGCUGCGACUGCGACUGCGACUGUGACGGGCAAGAAGAAGGGCGGCAAGGACAAGGGCAGACGCGCCGCGACGGCGGAGGAGAAAGAGGAGGAGGACGAGGCGCUGCUGCUGGAGGAGCGGGAAGAGAAGGCGUCGAGCGCGCCGCCGGUGCCGGUGAGCGCGAAGGAGUACAAGGAGCUGCUGGCGGUGGCGGGGGAUCAGGAGGAGUGAUAUUGCGCGAUACCUACCUAUUUGCAUUAGUGGUGCGUGGGUACGUGGGUGCGUGGCAGCGCGUGGCAGGAGGCGGUCGAUCUCGUCGCAGGAGGGCUCUUGGGCUGGUAGGCAGGCACUGCGCUCUGCUUGCUGCCAAUGUAUUGUAUUGCCUGCUACGUGCUGCCUGUUGGUGCUUCAGCGCAACGCAGUGGCCAGCGAGAAGAUCUGAAGAAUGGAAGUGGGGGGACGACGGACUUGCGCGAUGCGAUGCGAUACUGCAGAUGCGAUGCAGAUGCGAUGCGAUGUGGCUGCGACUGCGCCACUACUCUACCUACUCCUAGGUACUUGCAGCUCCUAGGUACUUACUGAACCCGCUGCUCCUGCUCCUCCUCAGCGAAAUAAUGUACGCAGCAGCUCGGCAGCGUAGGUAGCAAGCUUGUCUCAGCCACCGUCGACG